UACCCGCAAGAUCUUGGGUUUGGGUUACUGUUGCUGCACGAACCAGCAAUCUCGCUGGUUUCGGAGCACGUCGGCAAAAAUUUAUACAUAAAACUUCAUAUAUAUUUAUAUAUAUACAUAUAAAUAAAUUACAUAUUUAUUAUAUCCAUACACCAGCUGCUUAUCCGGUCAAUUUUAGUUCUUUUAAAUAAUUAAUUAAAGUAAUAAUCAAUGUGUUAAAUUAAUUCGUUAAAUAUUUAUUCAGCACUCGUAGAUUUAAAGUUAUCUAAGUAAAAUAAAUUUAUUUAUCAGUAAUCAGUCGCAAAUAAUAAUAAUAGUAAAUAAAUAAUAUUUUUUAUAUUAAUAAACAAAAUACAUAUUUAUUAAAAAACUUUUACUGAAACAUUAAACGAUCUCACUUCGCCUCUAUCGGAUAAUCCUCGCACCUGCCGUCUUCAUUUUUAUAUAUAAUAUAUAGGUAUAUAUCUAUAUACAUAUAUAUUUAGGUAUAUAUUUUUUCUAUAUAACUCCGUGCUUAUAAAUUUCACACCACCCCCGUGAUACUUUAACCUCAGCCAGUGACUGUUUAACUAAACGGGGAAAAAAAUAAUUAUUUUCAAUCAUGUAUUAUACGUGAUAUAUAUAAAUAUAUGUACAUAUAUAAAAAUAAUAAUCACUGUGUUAAUUAAAGUACCGUAGCUGCCAAAUAUCUAAAAGUGAGUUUUGCCUUAAGAAAAUCUGGACUCUAAUUAAAUUUAAUUAAUUUAGCAAGACCACGGGUCCUUUGAUACAGUGAUGUCAGAACCCUCAUCCUCAUUGUCAACAUCCUCGUCACCGUCCACGUCAUUGUCAUCGUCGAAAGUUAUUGAAGGCGACAAACCAAGUGGGAGUAGUCCAAGUCCUGUUGAAGGUAUUCCUGGUCCUAGUAAUGUUGAGAUUGCAAGCUGUCUGUUAUCAAAAGCUGAUCCGGAAGAAUUCUAUGAGGCUGAGGAGGCUGGAGAGGAUGAGAGCAGUGAAGAAGAAAGUGAAAUCAGCGACAAUGGAUUGUUCUGUGAUGCGGAUUGUGAAGAUGAGGUAGCAGUAGAUGAGGAUGAAUUAUUGACAAAUACUGAUCCAGAUGUACAGAAAUCGAUAAAUAAUCUUCCUACCCCGGAUGUUACGUACAGAUUUGUAUCUACAACUGACACUGCCGUUAAACCUCAUCCUUCUGAUGAUGUUUCUAAACGUAUACCAUUGACACUUUUUCAACCGGUUAGAAAAAGAAAAAGUGAAACGCAAUUUAUUAGUUUGCCAUGUAAAAAAAUUAAUCCAGAGGAUAAGACUAACCAUAUUAUGAUAACUAAAAAACUAGAUGAUAAAGGAAAACACGUGAGAUUCGUUAUUCCAACGAGAGCUAAUCCCCCACCAGAAAUGAGCAGCUGGUUACUUCAGUUUCAAAAAUGGACAAAUGCUGAAAGAAUGUUAGCAAUUGAUGAAUUGAUAGAGCGCUGUGAGCCAACGCAAGUCCGACACAUGAUGCAAGUCAUCGAGCCACAAUUUCAACGCGAUUUUAUAUCACUGUUACCAAAAGAACUGGCACUGUCUGUUCUAGCAUUUUUAGAUCCCCAUGAUUUAUUACGCGCCGCUCAAACAUGUAGAAAUUGGCGGUUUCUUGCCGACGACAAUUUGCUUUGGAAAGAAAAAUGCCGAUCCGUGGGUAUUGAUGAUCUUAGAGAUGUAUCAUUUACAAAACGUAAAAGCAAUCGUAGUAAUGGCAUUUGUAGUUCUCCUUGGAAACAAGCUUACAUGCGUCAAUAUAGUAUUAAAAUGAACUGGAGAACUAAACCAAUAAGACCGCCAAAGGUUCUUAAAGGACAUGAUGAUCAUGUUAUUACAUGUCUACAAUUUUCUGGUAAUCGUAUAGUUAGUGGGUCUGAUGAUAACACUCUUAAAGUUUGGUCAGCAGUUACCGGAAAGUGCCUAAGGACACUAGUGGGUCACACAGGAGGUGUUUGGUCCUCACAAAUGUCUGGUACGACAGUGAUAAGCGGUAGUACGGACCGUACAUUAAAAGUAUGGAACGCAGAUACGGGUCAGUGCAUUCAUACCCUGUAUGGUCAUACGUCAACAGUUAGGUGUAUGCACCUUCAUGGUAACAAAGUCGUAAGCGGUAGUAGAGAUGCGACACUGAGGGUGUGGCAAGUUGACACAGGCGAGUGUUUACACGUUCUCGUUGGACACUUGGCUGCUGUAAGAUGCGUGCAAUAUGAUGGUAAAUUAGUCGUUAGCGGUGCCUACGAUUACUUGGUUAAAGUAUGGAAUCCUGAACGUGAAGAAUGUCUGCACACACUUCAGGGUCACACUAAUCGUGUUUAUUCACUUCAGUUUGAUGGAAUUCAUGUUGUAAGUGGAUCAUUGGAUACGAGUAUAAGAGUAUGGGAAGUUGAAACUGGAGCGUGUCGUCAUACAUUAAUAGGCCACCAAUCGCUUACAUCGGGCAUGGAAUUACGUAAUAAUAUUUUAGUGUCUGGUAAUGCUGAUUCAACCGUUAAAGUUUGGGAUAUUGUAAAUGGUCAUUGUUUGCAAACAUUAUCUGGGCCUAAUAAGCAUCAAUCGGCCGUUACUUGCCUUCAGUUUAAUAGUCAUUUUGUUAUUACGUCUUCGGACGAUGGUACUGUGAAAUUGUGGGAUGUUAAGACUGGUGAUUUUAUAAGGAAUCUCGUGGCUUUAGAAAGCGGUGGAAGUGGUGGAGUCGUAUGGAGAAUUCGUGCGAGUGAUACAAAGCUUGUUUGCGCUGUUGGAAGUCGUAAUGGUACCGAAGAAACAAAGCUUCUUGUCCUCGAUUUCGAUGUUGAGGCUAAAUAAUUACCUCAUUGUCCGUCGAACCACCUCGUGCCUCGGCUCGUCACGGUAUUUAAAAAAAAAUAAUUAAAAUAAAUAUUAAAAUAAUAAUAUUAAUAUUAUCAAUGAUAAUGGUAAUGAUAAUAAUCAUAAUGAUCAAUUGAUCAUGCAUACUAAUAAUAAUAAUGAUGAUGAUGACGAUGAAGAAGAUUAAUAAUACUUCUGUAUAUAAAGUUGCGCAAGACAAAAAAAUAAAAUAAAAACAUAACAAUCUGUACAAUGUAUCGUAUUAUUAAAUAUGGUCUGAUUGUGAUAAGACUGCAUGUUAAUUUUUUAAAAAAUGAAAUAUGUGAACAAUCAUAAUAACUAUAUUGAUUACAAUAAGAUCAUUUUUUCGGAAAAUAAUAAAUAAGAAUUGUGUAAAGGCUUUAAAAGAUGGUAAAAAAAAAUAAUAAUAAUUACGAUAAGAUACUUAAUUAUUAUUAUUAUAAUUAUAACUAUUAAAUAAUAUUAUAAAGAUAAUUGACACAGCUGUACCUCUUUAAUGAAGCGCGAUUACUCUUUUAUUAUUAAUCAUCAUUAUGAAAAUUAAUACGGAUUAAAUAACGCACUGUAAUUAUUUAUCUAAAACUUAAACAGUGAUAACUCUGCGUGGUUGUAAAAAAAAGUUUAGAUAAAUAAAAUGUCUGGACUACUCAUUAUUUAAAUUAUAAUUUGCAUACGGAAAUUAUUGCAACUCAAUAAAAUUUUAAAUAAAUAUACUGAGUAAUGACAAUGAGUUAAUUAAAGUCACGUAAGCAAUUUAAUUUAAAUACGUAAUUGUCUGAUUUUUAUAAUAAGACAAUUAAAUUUAUUAUUUUGCAGCAUAAUUAUUUUUUUUUGUGACUUUAAUUUGUCACACAUGCGAAGGCGGUGAGAAAAAAAAAAUAAUUUUUAAACAAAAUUAUUGUUAGUUUGUAAUGAUGAUUAAUUUUAAUUAUUUUGUUGAUUAUUAUCAUUAUUAUUAUUAUUUUUUUUUAUAUAUAAAUAUUUAGGCAUAUAAAAAAAUACACUGUGAUU